AUUUUCGAUGGCUUGAAUACCUACACUCUCUCACUCUUCAAGGCCGGUUUCAAACUUCCUGGAUAGUAAGGCGAAAAUGGAACCCAAAGCAUUGUACACCAAUCUUGAUCAUUUUGUUAGCACAUAAUUGUACACACACCCUUCCUAGUGUGGGGAAUGCAAGGAUGCUUCAAGGCAUGGUGGGUAUGCAGCAAGCUCACCAAGACGAACCAAUAAAAUUUGAGUCCAACCUCCAGAUCUAACCUCGAUUGCAAGGAGCUCCAAAAUCCGUCUCGUUAUCCCCGACGCCGAUACCUGACCCCUCGAUCUGGGUAUUCUCACGCUAAGAUAACAAGCAGAUAAGCACUUGAAAAGACGGAUGAGGCUUGGGAGUUUUCCAAACUUGGAAACAAAGUCUUUGAAGAUCACGCAAGAUCUGACCAUGCCGUAAAUUUGGAGACUUUCGAACAUCUUGCCAUUCUCAUUCAAAAGAACCUCCACAGGACAUGGGAUAGUCCUCAGCCUCCUCUGGAACUAGGAAUAUACCACGAAACAACAGCAGCAACCUUCAAUAUGCCCCUCACCGUGCUGAGCGACGAGAAUGUGAAGGAAGUAUUGAACAAUCUGACCAAGGAGAAUGUCGAGACUCUACAGAUUGCUAUGCGAAAUGCAAUACAUGAAUAUGCCACCGGUACAACCAACUCUGGAGCUUGUGCAGACAACCAACCAAAGCGAACAGUCAUUGAAUCAGCCAGUACUGGGACCACGACCCUGUUUAUGCCAUCCAUAAGCUCGUCUGCACUGGCAGUCAAAGUUGUCACUCUUGCUUCGCCAUCAUCGAACCCUGCGGCAGCGAACACUGGGAACGCAGAUGCGACUCUAUAUGGCGCUAUUUCGCUCAUGGACAGCAACGGCAAGCCGUUUGGUUUUCUGAACGCCGAAGAGCUCACUGCAUUCCGGACUGCACUGGCGUCCUCUCUCCUGAUGCUACGCCGCACCAAAGUCAAGACCAUAACAGUAUUCGGAACGGGAAAACAAGCAUACUGGCAUGUGAGACUUGCCCUUCUACUGCGCGGUUCAACAAUCAAGAAUGUUCACUUCAUUAAUCGAGAUUUCAACGAGCGAGCAACAAGGAUUAUGAGGUCUUUCGUAACAUAUGACAUGGCUACAAAGCGGACCGAGGGCUGGGUGGACACACAAUUUGAUUUGGCUUCAUUGAAGUACAUCGAGAUAGACAGGAUCCUGAAGCAGCGGCUUCGAGCUUCUGACAUGAUCUUCUGUACGACGCCCUCGACCGAACCGCUUUUCGACCACACUAUCUUGACGAAUACGGAAGGGAGAAUGAGACCUCGACUCAUCAUAGCCGUCGGAAGCUACAAGCCGCAUAUGAUUGAAGUCCCAACUGAAGUCGUAAAUCAAGCCAUCAAAGUGCAUGGAGCUGGUCACCACUUCCACAAGCGAGCCGAAGAAGGCGGCGUCAUCGUCGUGGACAGUCUUGAAUGCCUCAAAGAAGCGGGCGAGUUAGUACAAGCGGGAGUGAGAUCAGACCGGACUGUAGAACUAGGAGAGCUCGUCAUGUUGGAUCAGAUGCAUCCGCAUGACGACGAUUUACCCAUUGAGGAUAGUCCACCAAGCUCUUUCGGUGAUCUUUCGAUAUCACCGGAUGGAGUCAAAAGCAUGUCCAAGAUAUUUGGCGAUUCAAGCAUCGAGAGUCCUAGGUCAUCUUCCAGAAGCCCAUCUAGGAAGUCAUCGUUCAGUCUGAAUCGCAAGUCAUCUUUCUCGCUUCGACCAUCAAGAAGCACUAGCGUCUCGUCGCAGAGCGGUAGAAGAAGAAAGGAGCAGACUGAGAAGGAAGACCAGAUGAGCAGAUGGUUGAGCAGCGGCAAUGUUAUUUACAAGAGUGUUGGUAUGGGCCUAAUGGACCUGGUCGUCGGAGGAGAAGUCGUCAAGUUAGCUAUGGCAAAGGACAUCGGAACGACUGUGCAAAAUUUCUAAAGAUGAGUAGACAUACUUGACAUGAACUCUAUACAGCAUGGCGUACCCGUAUCCCGAGAGGCAGCAAAAUUUUUGGGUGGUCAGACGAAAUCGGAAGCGGAAAUGUUAUUGGAUUACGAUCAUCGCCACGUAUGAUGGGUUACGAGAUGUAUGGAAUGAUCGCGAGAAAGUCGGAUCAGAUUUCGAUUGAAUGCCAACAUCUAGGCAGUAGCGGUCACCUCUUUGGGAACAUGAGAUGUUGUAUACCGCAUUAACCCUCGCGAAAUACCUAUAUCAGCAACGCUGUUAAGGAAGUUCGUCAAGGGGUAAUAUUAAUGCAGAUACAUCGUGGGGGCAAGCACGAGCAUUUACAAGACAAUGAAUUGGUAUAAAAAUAUGAUUUGCUCCAAGCAACAGGCUGAUGAGCCUCCCGGUUUUCAAAUCCAAAUAGCCUUCCUGCCAAUAAUCUCAGGGUAUCCGUUCUCAACACGCUCGAUCUUGCAAUGUACAAAUGCAGC